AUGUCUACUCCUCGCUUUUCCGUGGCACUGGAAAAUGGACGUUAUGUCAAAGUCCAAACGUGGAAAGAAGAACUCAGAGUUGAUUUGAGGGAAUGGGAAAUUCAUCAGCCAUUUCUGAAACCCACCAAAAAGGGCAUCAGUUUGAAACUGCUCUCAUUUAAAACACUGAUCGACACCUUGGAUCUGAUUGAAGCAACUUUAAAAGAAAAUGUCGAUGGAAAAUGGCACCUUGGAUUUAAUGUCUACGUCACAGUCAAGAAGGACAAUCCCUGCAUCGACGUUCGACAGUAUUGGAAACCCUCCUGUGAAUCCGGUCUCGUCCCUACUAAAAAGGGGCUCUGUCUUAGACCACUGGAAUACUAA